AAAAAUGUGAUAGAACUAGUCGACGUUAUAUUUAAUGAUGAGAAGCAGAAGAUGUACCUUGUAAUGGAGUUUUGUGUUGGAGUGCUACAGGAUAUGUUAGAAUCGAGUCCUGGUAAAAAGUUUCCGCAGCGACAAGCCCACGAUUACUUCACACAGCUUCUGGACGGCUUGGAGUACUUACACGGGCAGGGCGUGGUGCAUAAGGAUAUCAAGCCGGGAAACUUACUACUCACGUUGGACCAAACGCUUAAGAUAACCGACUUCGGUGUUGCUGAGGCGUUAGAUAUGUUUUCUCCCGAGGACACGUGCUAUACAGGGCAAGGCUCUCCGGCCUUCCAACCGCCAGAAAUAGCCAACGGAGCUGAGCAGUUCUCCGGAAUCAAAGUAGAUAUUUGGAGCAGUGGGGUCACUUUAUACAACAUGACGACGGGGCGGUACCCGUUCGAGGGCGACAACGUGUACCGGCUGCUGGAGGCGAUCGGCCGCGGCUGGCCGGCGCCGCCGCCCGCGUGGGUGGGCGCGUCGCUGGGCGCGCUGCUCACGGCCAUGCUGGCGCGCGACCCCGCGCUGCGCCCCGGCGUGCACGACAUCCGCAGGCACGCUUGGGUGCAGUCGCGGCCGCCGCUGGAGCCGGGCGAGCGGCUCGUGAGUCCGCGCUCGCGGCGGUCGGACGAGCUGCACAACUCCACCGUCAUACCCUACCUCGUCGAGCGGCACUACCCCUCCUCCGAGGAGUACUUCACCGAGAGGGACUUGAGGCAUGAGCUGUGCUCGGGCGGGUCGCGCACGCUGUCGACGGCGGAGCUGUCGGAGGGCGAGUCGUCGCACAAGCGGCGCUGGCACUCGUCGUGCGGCCGCCUGCCGUCGUGCCGCCUCACGUGAUGCUCGCCCGCGCGACACAUGUUCAGCUUAUAACGUUGGCUGUACGCCCACUUCUAUUCCCUCUCCGUCUUCAAAAUUACUCUGUGGUCGACUUUUAAGGUUGUUCCGUUCUGCCCGCUCUACAAACGCGGUCAUAUAUUUUCCUGACGACUCGAACUCAGACGUCGCGUAUUUCUCAAUAGUUGCAUGUAUGUUGUAACGUGUCGCAAAUGUCACAGGUGGCGAAGAGUUCCCUAUUUUUGUAAACUUUUUUCACGCUCUCCGCUGUUGUCGAAGUGUUUGCGUGUUUGAAAUGAAAAUGAUAGCUUCCAGCGCGUGUUAGCGUUUGUUUCCGUGAAGUAACUUCACUUCGUGUCACCACGUGUUUUACAAAUAAUACAUAUUUUAAAGUUUAUUCGUGAGCUAAUGACACGUUGACAAUUCAUGUAACAAGCCGUGAACAUAGAAAAUAGAUGAACUAGUUUCUGAACGUAAGAUGUCUCUUCACUUCGACCCGAACACCACGCCGCCUUUAAUUAAAUUUGUUACGGAUUGUUUACUUCUGCUAAAUGUAGCUUGUUAUUUUUCGAUAAUUAUACACAAAACGUCUCGGUCACUACAUGUUCAAUCUUGCCUCGUCGUAAGCUGCAAGGUUUCACGGUAGAUACGUUUCGUAGAUAUUCUAAAGACACGUAAAAUGUUUUGUUAGCAUACUUCACCACGUCGUUAGCAUACUUUGCUUUAAACGAAUUUUGGCUAUGGUAUACUUAAUGUUGCUAUUUAAGUGUGGUAUCGAAUAUUAUAUUUUGGUGUAUGAUUGCGAUAGUUAGGGUAUGUACCAUAAACAAAACACAGUUCAGCCAACAGUAUUGUCUUGUUGAGUACAUCGCAAAA